UGAAGGUCCAGCCGACCUCGUAUACAGCUCAUGACAAUGUACAGAGUGCCAGGCCAUCGAGGCUCACAAAUCGAAUAGCUUGCGGACAUGCUGCCGAGGCUGUCGCACGGAAUCAUCUGGACGGAAUGAUGGCUGGCUUCUGCACACACACUUCCCGGCCAAAAGGGGUCCAGAAUCAAAGGCACGAGGUCACUUCAAUUUGGUGAUAAUAGAGAGAUACGGUCGGGUGCGGCAUUGACGGGAGAUACCAUUGAUCCCCGAGUUUACUGCGAUAUCACCGGUGGCCGAGGAAAAGGGGCGAGACCAUCAUAUCAGCAACCCGUAUCUGCCGACAUCCUGUCCAUACAGAUAGGGAAUCGCAGAGGUACAUUCCAGGGAUCUUUGAUAGUCUUGAGAGAAGUCGUGCCUGGUCCGAGACGACAACAUGAUCGAGAUCAAUUGCGUUGGCGAGUCUUUCGAGAUUGGCCUCGAACAUGGAACAAAAGCCGCUCCUCAAAUUGCCAGUACAAUCCAGUUCUAUGCCGACCUGUUCCAGAAAAAGGUCAAAUUGAGCUGGGAGCAAGCAUGUUCCGAGGCCAAGAGGUUUGCACCUCACAUCCACCAGUACUACCCCCAUCUGGAAUCAGAGAUGCAAGGGAUUGCCAAAGGAGCGGGCGUCACGUAUGAAGAAAUCCUCGCCCUCAACGUGAGGUCUGAGCUGUUCUUCGGUGCUGCAUUGGAUGGCUGUACGAGUUUAUCAUGGAAGACAGAUUCCACGUGCUAUCUGGCCCAAAACUGGGAUUGGAUGGUUGAGCAAAAGCCCAACCUCGUUCUAUUGCAGAUUGCGCAGAAGGACAAGCCGGUCAUCCAGCAGGUGACUGAGGCUGGCAUCAUUGGCAAGAUAGGUCUUAAUUCUGCCGGCGUUGGUCUCUGCGUCAAUGCAAUCCGCUGUGCAGGGAGCGAUGUCAACCGGGACCCCAUACACAUCAUGUGGAGGUUAGUCCUGGAAAGCCCGUCGGUCGACGCUGCCCUGGAGGCCAUCAAAGCACACGGCUGUGGUGGCGCUUGCCACAUGUUGAUAGCGGACAAGUCGCGCAGCAUUGGUGUCGAAGUCACACACCAAACGAUCAAGUAUCUGCAACCAGACGAGAAGGGCCGGGUGUUCCAUAGCAACCACAUGUUGGAGUCCCAUCCCGGAACGGACAUGCUUUGGGUCAACGACAGCCUGACUCGGGUCCAGAGGAUUCGGGAACUCGCCGAUAAGCUUGAAGGCGAGGUAACCCAGGAUGCGUUGCAGAAGUUUCUUUGCGACGAGGACAAUUAUCCCUGUUCGAUCAACCGAGAGCAGAAGGGGGAGAGCGAUGCGGCGAGUGUCUUUAGCAUCACCAUGGACCUUGCAAAGGUCGAGGCAAAGGUGUUGCUUGGACGACCUAGCAAACCUGAAAAGGUCUAUGUGCUACGGCCCAGGCCGAUCAAUUAGAUAUAUAGAGGCAUAGGUCAAGGAGUCAUGGAGUCAACGUGUUUCAUCUUCACAUAUAUAAUGCUCCUAUGAACCCCAAUUUCAUUGAUAAUCCGCAAACUCUUUGUCAUCCCAGA